UUGAUGAGAUACUCCACUCUGCAUUACAUCUCCAAGAUCCAGACAAAGAGCGCUUUACCUGUCCACGAUAAAGCAAUUUACGGAGGAUUAAGUGAAUCGCUGCAGUGGACUGUCACAUUAAGACAGACAAGGGUAUUUUUGAUUUGUUUGUUUUUGUCUGAACGUGUCACUCCCUCCGCUCCGCACCGUGGCAAGAAGACUCGACGCUUGUCUCCCGGUCGACAACCAUGAGCCAGAGGAGGUUCACGGUCUCCAAGAGCGACGGCGACCCGCGCCCCGCGGACAUCCAGGGCGAGGUCAACCAGCUGUUUGAGGGAGACGAACCAACCAGCAACGCCUCGGAGACGGAGGCUGCCGCCGGUGCUGAGGUGGUGGUGGUGCUGAAAGGUGAUAAUAUCCCGAAGGAGAGCAGCCCCUUCAUCAACAGUAGCGAUGCAGCCGCAGAAAAGAGCCAGCAGUACGAUGGCAAGAACAUGGCCUUGUUUGAGGAGGAGAUGGACACCAGCCCGAUGGUGUCAUCUCUCCUCAGCAGUCUGGCCAACUACUCCAACCUGCCUCAAGGCAGCAAAGAGCAUGAAGAAGCUGAGAACAAUGAGGCUGAGUCGGCACGCAAGAAACCGGUCAAGGCACCCCAGCUCGGUACUCUGAUGGGUGUCUAUCUUCCAUGCAUCCAAAACAUCUUUGGAGUGAUCCUCUUCCUAAGGAUGACGUGGUUGGUGGGAAUUGGAGGCGUCAUCGGUACAUUCAUCAUCGUUUUCAUGUGCUGUACCACGACCAUGCUGACUGCCAUCUCGAUGAGCGCCAUCGCCACCAAUGGAGUAGUGCCAGCUGGGGGCUCCUACUACAUGAUCUCCCGCUCGCUGGGCCCUGAGUUUGGGGGAGCUGUGGGGAUCUGUUUCUAUCUGGGAACCACCUAUGCUGGAGCCAUGUACAUCCUGGGAGCCAUCGAGCUACUCCUGAUCUACAUAGUGCCCAAAGCAGCCAUCUUUCCCCUGGAGGGCCUGGAGGGGGCUGAAGCAGAGGCCGCCCUGCUGAACAACAUGCGUGUGUAUGGGACCAUCCUGUUGACCUCCAUGGCCACUGUUGUCUUUGUCGGGGUGAAAUAUGUCAACAAGCUGGCCCUGGUUUUUCUGGCCUGUGUCAUUCUCUCCAUCUUGGCCGUUUACGCCGGAGUCAUCAAGACGGGCAUCGAACCUCCAUUUUUCCCUGUGUGUCUCUUGGGAAAUCGCACUUUGGUGUCAAAGUCCUUUGAUGUUUGCGCCAAGACGCUUGAGACGGCCAACGGGACGGUCACCACCCAGAUGUGGCGCAUUUUUUGUGACUCCCCUCUUCUGAAUGCAACCUGCGACCCGUACUUUGCCGCCAACAAUGUGACUCAGAUCCAGGGUAUUCCCGGGAUCACCAGUGGAAUCCUGACAGAGAACCUGUUUGGUACCUAUUAUGAGAAGGGAGACCUGAUUGCCAGGACUAACAUGGAGUCAGUUGAAGAUCCGGACGACCCUCUGACCAAUUCUAACCGCUACGUGUUGGCUGACAUCACCAGCUUCUUCACGCUACUGGUCGGGAUCUACUUCCCAUCAGUGACAGGAAUCAUGGCGGGCUCCAACCGCUCUGGGGAUCUGCGUGAUGCUCAAAAGUCAAUUCCCGUUGGAACCAUAGCAGCCAUCACCACCACCUCCGCAGUCUACAUGUCCAGUGUGAUUCUGUUUGGCGCCUGCAUCGAGGGGGUCGUCCUCCGGGACAAGUUUGGAGAGGGUGUCCACGGGAACUUGGUGAUAGGCACUUUAGCCUGGCCGUCGCCGUGGGUGAUUGUGAUUGGAUCUUUCUUCUCCACCUGUGGGGCGGGCCUCCAGAGCCUGACGGGAGCUCCUCGACUCCUGCAGGCCAUCGCCAAAGAUGGCCUCGUGCCAGCUCUCCGAAUCUUUGGACAUGGAAAGGCCAACGGUGAACCAACAUGGUCUCUGCUGCUCACAGCCUGUAUUUGUGAGAGCGGCAUCCUCAUUGCCUCCCUGGAUUCAGUGGCUCCAAUCCUCUCCAUGUUCUUCCUGAUGUGCUACAUGUUUGUGAACCUGGCAUGUGCCCUUCAGACGCUGCUGAGGACUCCAAACUGGAGACCUCGCUUCAAGUUCUACCACUGGGCUCUGUCCUUUCUGGGGAUGAGCUUGUGCCUCACUUUGAUGUUUCUCUGCUCUUGGUACUAUGCCAUUGUCGCAAUGGUGAUUGCAGGCUCCAUCUACAAGUACAUUGAGUUUGCAGGUGCUGAGAAAGAAUGGGGCGACGGCAUCCGAGGUCUGUCUCUGAGCGCUGCACGCUACGCUCUCAUGCGGCUGGAGGAAGGUCCCCCACACACCAAGAACUGGAGGCCACAGCUGCUGGUGCUGGUCAGCACAGAUGCAGAGCAAAACGUGGAGCAGCCUCGUCUGCUGUCUCUCACCAACCAGCUGAAGGCAGGCAAAGGUCUGACCAUCGUUGGGACGGCUCUCGAGGGCACCUAUUUGGAGAACUACGAACAAGCCCAGCGUGCAGAGCAGUCUCUGCGUAAACUGAUGGAGACCGAGAAGGUGAAGGGCUUCUGCCAGGUGACCGUAUCCUCCAACCUCCGCGACGCCACGUCCCAUCUGCUCCAGGCCAGCGGGCUGGGGGGCCUGAAACAUAACGCCGUACUGGUUUCCUGGCCUCGCAACUGGAAGCAAGGAGAUGAUCACCAGAACUGGAGGAACUUAAUUGAGCUGGUCAGAGAAACCACCACGGCUCGCCUCGCUCUGCUUGUGCCGAAGAACAUCUCAGCCUUCCCGUCCAACAGCGAGCGCUUCUCAGAGGGCCACAUCGACGUGUGGUGGAUCGUGCACGACGGAGGCAUGUUGAUGCUGCUGCCCUUCCUGCUCCGCCAGCACAAGGUCUGGAGGAAGUGCAAGAUGCGCAUCUUCACUGUUGCUCAAUUGGACGACAACAGCAUCCAGAUGAAGAAGGACCUGACCACAUUCCUGUAUCACCUCCGUAUCGACGCCAUGGUAGAAGUUGUGGAAAUGCAUGACAGUGACAUCUCAGCCUAUACUUACGAGAAGACCCUGGUGAUGGAGCAGCGGUCCCAGAUGCUCAAGCAGAUCAACCUGACCAAGACCGAGCGAGAAAGAGAGAUCCAGAGCAUCACAGAUUCUUCCCGAGGCUCCAUCCGCCGCAAGAACCCGGCCGCCGUGACCACCCAGCUGAGCGUGACAGAGGAGCCCGCUGCAACUAGUAAGGAGGAGAAGCCUGAAGAGGAGGUCCAGCUCAUCCACGACAACACCACUCCGGCCAGCCCUGCAACCCCGGCCACCCUGCUGACUCCUGGAGAGGGGGCCCAGAGCCCCGGGGAGCAGAUCCAGAUGACUUGGACUGAGAAGUGUGACGGCGAGCCGGCCAAGCCCCCCGGAGCCACUACUACAGAGAACAUCAAAGACAUCUUCAACAUGAAGCCUGAGUGGGAGAGCCUGAACCAGUCUAACGUGCGGCGCAUGCACACAGCCCUGCGGCUGAACGAGGUCAUUCUGAAAAAGUCCUCUGAAGCCAGACUGGUCCUCCUCAACAUGCCGGGGGCCCCCAAGAACCGGGCAGGCGACGAGAACUACAUGGAGUUCCUGGAGGUUCUCACUGAGGGCCUGAACCGGGUCCUGCUGGUCCGCGGAGGCGGCCGCGAGGUCAUCACCAUCUACUCCUGAAGGAGAAGCCCCAUCCCUCCUCCCCCACGCCGCCCCCCCUGCCCCGGCCUUCCCCCUCCCCUCCUCAUUCCAGGGCCGGUUUUCUCUCCAUCUUUGUGUUGUGUUCAUUUCUGUAGAGAUCUCUGUGGCAGCUGAGCUGCAGCCCCACUCAGCUCCUUCCAGACCAAUCAAAUGCUCCUUACAUUUUUCUGUUUCCCCGCUAGCGUGCCAUCCCUGGCGUUAAGCGUGUGAGGAGGAGACGCCGAGGUGUGAGCGUGCAUGCAUGUGUCUGUCUGUGUUCGCUUUAACCUCUGCAGCUUCUUCAUCCUCUCUUUCCAAACCCGAGCGUGGAACGGGUUCUGCUCGGAACGAGGGGGAGGCGGCUGAGGGGAACUCAGCCUCUGACUGUCUGUUUUGUGUCCUGGGGGCGACGGGACACCUCGCACAGCUUGUCGUAUCAGAUGUGAAUUUUCUAUUCAAAGCAACGGACUCACGGUCAGGACCACCAGCAGGAGGAAGGAGGAGAGUACAGCUGUGAAGUAGGAACUGUGAAAUCCACAACAACUGGAACGAGAAGGAGGUGUUAUUCUAAGCUGCACAUUUCUCUGCAACACUCACAGCUGUGUGUGUCUUUUUAGUCCACUUGUUGUGUUACUGCCAUCACACUUUCACCUCACCCCUCAACUUAGUGGCUGUUUAUUCUUGUGGCCACUGUCUGUGCCAAAAAUAAAGAAAAGAAGAAAGAAAAAAAAGAUCACGGCGAGCUUCGUUCGUUAGUUGAGUUCGACUAAACUGUGAAGAGUUUCCUGGCAGAAAGCUGGUGUGGGCAGCAAAGGUGGGGAGACGGUUCGCCGCCUCCUCCCGAACCCCCACCACAGGAGAGCAUCACCACCUCCUCCUCCACUCCCAUCAGAUGAUUGACUCUGUAAAUAGUGUACAAGCUCCAGCGCGUCGUUUGGUACGAGUGUAGUAUUUUUGUGACAAACUUUGGAGAGAGAAAAAAAAAGCUUGUAGUGUGGAGAAAAAGGUUUGUGCGUUUAAAGAGACAGCUCCAAAAAAGCUGUUUUAUAAAAGAAAAAAGUAUUAGUAUUUAUUUAAAGUAUUUAUUUAUUGCAAAUAUUUAUUGGGUGGCAUCAUCUCCUGUCACUAUGGCAACCGUCCUUAUAACCUUGACAAAGCGCUGCACCUGCACUGCUCGCCGCCGCGCGACAAGUGAAAUGUUUGAUGAUUUCAUCAAACCAAGAGGUAAAACGAAACAUUAAAUGUUAUUUUUUCACGUCGAAAAACAUAAUAUGUGUUAAAUGACAGACAUUCUACAUAUUAAUGAAAGAGUCAUUUUAAAAUGUUACUGCUUUGCCAAAUUUUAGAUACGUUACAUGUGCCAUAAGAGUGUUUUCCAAAGAGGAAAUGGUCUCAAAGAAUUUAAAGAGAAGAGUUUGAAUUUUAAAAAAAAUACUAGAAAUAGGGAAGGAGGGACGUCCAGCUGUAGCUCUCAAGAAUGACCUCUAUGCAGUAGGUUCUCCUGUCCUAAAGAUUUGAGCCCCCCACCCCGCCACAUCCCCAUGAAUCUCACAUGAGCAGAACGACAAAACUUUGAAAUCUCGGAAGGAAUGUGCAAUAGUUGAAAUCUGGACCGGCAUGAUCAUGUUAUUUAUUUUUUUAACACAUGUAUUUUGUAUAUGUAGAUUUGGCAAGUCAUGUGCAAUCUCACUCUGACCAAGAGACAGCAGUCACUUUACCUUCAUCAGUCGCAUUCUUUUCUUGAAGAAGAUAUUUUUGGUCAUUUGCACUCAUAGAAUAAUAAUAAAUACAUUUAUAUAAAUAUAUAUAUUAAAUAUAUGUGAAAUAUAGAGGAGCAAAACAAAGUUAGUUUUUAGAACUAUGAAAAAAAGCGUAUUUAAUGUUUUUAGUGUUGCUUGAAUGUCUGAUCAUAUGUUGUGAAUGCUGCUAGUAUAUAUAAAUAUAUACAUAUAGGUUUAUUUGUACUGUAAAUAGAGGUGAGUGGUUCAACAUUCAAGUGAAAAAGGGUACAGAUAUACAUAUCAGAGGUGGUUACCAAACAUUACCAGGCUGUACUGAUCUCUGGACAGGGUUAGCUUUCUGUUAGAAACAAACAAACAAAAACAAGCAAAACAACAAAAAGCUAAAUAUCUUGAUGCAAUAUUACACCUGAGGGCAACCCCCCAACCUACCCGGCCCCCCACGCUUUUAUCUUCAAUAUUACAAUCGUUAUUACCACAACUGAAGAGAAGCAACUUUACCAAAGCAGAAUUUUGAUUUCUGCCGCACGUUUCAUUUUUGACGCUGAUGUUUUUUCAAUUAGAAGCAUUUCAGAUGCGUUUCAAAUAAAAAAAAUAAAACUAAUUAAGUAUAAAAUACUACCUUUGACACCGGAAGACUUAACAAGAAGCCACUCCUAGUUCUCAGAGGUUUUGGGGGGGUGUGGAUCUUCUUUUCACUCAGUUGUCGCUGAAACAGUGGGGUUUUUGAAGAAGACCGUUAUUUUUCUGGGAUCGUCUGCAUCAUCUGAGCCUUUUAGAUUUAUCCAUAAGACAAGAUAUAUGAGGUUUAUUGGAAAAAAGUUUAUUGGAAAUGGAUUUAUUUAUUGAAUUUAAAUGUUUUAUAAUUGCUGUUUGCAUGGUACUCUGUGGCAAUAUUUGUUUUUAGUGGUUUCUUAUAGUGAUGACUUCUAUGUUCACGGUGCACCGCAGGAGCAAAAGGCCAGUGGGUCCCAACAAGUUACAAACAUUUGGGAACUGCACUCAAAUACAUGGCCAGACCUCAAAAAACAAGCCUUUUAUUUUCAUUUUGAUUUAGUUUUGGGUAAAAAGUGAGAAAAAAAAGUGUGACUUCACUAUAUCGUUACUUGUUAUAUUUCAAUCUUGCUGAAGUAGUCUUAUGUAACGUAACAGGAGAUUUUGAGUUUGCAAAUAGAUGAGCCUUAGAUGGGACAUUUCACUUUUGUGUAUAUAGAUAUCACUUAAGUCAGAGACACUGUAACCUACUAGUGUUGUCUUUUGUUGUACACUGUUCUAUCACUGUGGACGCAGUCUUUGUAAAACCAUGUGCAAUAUUUUUCCCCUCAAUGGGUUUCUUUAGUGGGUUGGGUUUUUUGUUGGGCGGAGUAACUGACAUCAUCAUCUUAAACAUGGCUGAGAGGAUGCUCUGUGACGAUCUGCAGCGGUGAAGCUCCACUCUGCACUGGUUCACAGCGCCCUCUGGUGGUGGAAGAAUGUAUUACUCAGAAAUCCCUAAACGUCAGAGACCUGUUUUUUUUUUACAUUUUCAAUUUGUAUUUCUUUUUGUCACGUUUAUUUAUAAGGGGAAAAAAAUGAAACCUUUUUAGUGCUUGUCACUUUUUUCUGUGAGAUGAGCCCUCCCAGAACAACCCCUACCCCUAAGAUCAUCCUACCCCCCGACUCCAUGGUCUCCCCCCCAUCCCAGCCACAAUCCACCCCAGCUCUGUAUUUUAAAUGUGACUGCAGUAUAAUUCAGAAAAAUGAUCAAAGAAUAUAAAACUUGCGCUUCCAAUCCUGGUACUGGCUCUGCUUGGACAAAUAUAAGAUAGUCAACUUAAGAAAAACCAGCAUGCCCCCCCACCCCACCCGAUCCAAUGAUCCAGACCAGAUCCCUUUGCCUGCACAACUGUAGCAUGAGACAAACCAGUCGCUGGUCAUUCUUCAAGUCUCCAUCCUUAAAUGGAAUAUAAAGGGCUCUGAAACACUUCUGUUACCGGGCUGAAGAGGCUUUUUUCUGUUAAGACAUCAACUGAGAACAAAAAAACAGGACGCACCCCAGACACUGAGAGAAGGCGGUCUGCAGGAGACUACCAGUGCAGCAGUCAGGCCUGCAGCAGCUCCUACAAUUCACACAGUACAGAAGCCGGAGCGGCUAUCCCCCCAGUGCAAGCAGAGCCACAUGCCAGUUCUGUUGUGUAACUCAGUGCAUGCAUGCAACUACCCUGAUGAAGGUGUGCUGAAAAUAUAUUGGGUGUUUGGUAUUUUGUUUAUACUGGUCAGAAACUUUGCUUUCUAUUAGUAUGUUUUCCUCUUUCCAUAGGACUGGCCUGUAGAAGAUAAAAUGAUGAUACUUUUUUAUGUUAUGGUAGAUCGGUCAACAAGGUCCUCUUGUGUUGAUUAUAAGCAGGUAAAAUUACCAAAGUACACUUUUGUUUGAUGACGAAAUGUGUGACAGUAAACUAAAGGCAGAGGUGGAUGUUACAGAAAAAAGGUUUUGACCAAAUCCUGAAAGUUUGAAACCAGCUUUGAUCCCAUUCAUAGCAGAAAGGAAGGUUAAGGAGGAUUUCUUUGGGCAGAGGUCCCUCCAAUUGCUUUGGGGGUGUCCAUCCCCACAAACAGCUUUUGGACCUGUCUUAACCUACAGCCUCUCAGUAAGUCCGCCUUUAGUUCACUGGGACAGUUGGAAACACUUUGGACGCUUGUAGAUGUGACCGACCAGCAUCCAAACUGUUCAUCCACGACGUCAGACCUCCCUCUUCUUUCAGCGUGGUAGAGCUGUAGUGUUUCUUUCGGUUCUGUGGGAGUGUGUGUGUUUACUUGUUGCACCCGGAACUGCUGGGAGCAGGGGGGUGGUUACGGGCGAGGGUGGGAGGGGCUAUGUGUAAAUAAAUAGUGUGGAGGUGUUUCUUUUCUGUGUCAGUGUAAGUUCAAUAUUCUAAAAUAAAAGAACCUGUAUUAUUCUCUCUUGUGAUUCAUAGUACAUUUAAAAAAAAUGAGGAAAAUGUAGUUUUAUCUUGCAUAACAAAUGCUUUUCUCUGGCUUCUGGCGACCCCCAUUCCAUUUUAUAGAUUUGUCAGCACAAAAUGCAAUAAACCAAUACCAUUUUAUUACA